GGAGACGCCUUUAUUAAUCCCCAAUCUUCGUUCUUUUUACAAUCGAAUCGAUCUAGAGAGAAAGAGAAGAAAAGCUCAUCUCUUUCUUCGAGUUAAUUUUCAAUUUAAGCGGAAAGAGAGAUCUUCUCUGCUUUCAGCUGAUUGGUUUCUCUCUCUCUCUCUCUCUGUCUCUGAUCUAACCAAAGCUGCUUGUGGUCUCUGGGGAUGCUCGUCGUUAUAGCUUGUAGAAUCCGCCGGCUGAUCUCAAACGAACUUUCUCAAUCAUGGAUUUUAAAGAGAUCUCGUCCUUCUUUAUAGAUCACCUCCCACUAUUGGAGCUCUGCUCGGUCCUCACCAACCUCGCGCUCUUUCUAGUGUUUCUAUUCACUCUCUCCGCCACGCAGAUUCUCGUCUGCGUCCGGAGAGGAGGAAGAGAUAGACUCUCUAAGGAAGACGUUAAUUUAGAAAGAGAGGCUAACGAUGUUAGUUUCGGGACCGUGUUUAAAUUUUCCCUGCUAUGUUGCGUCUAUGUGUUAGCCGUCCAAGUUUUGGUGUUAGUGUUCGAUGGAGUUAAGGUUAUUAGAGGAGCUAGUGACUGGUUUAUUACUCUCUUCUUCCCAGCUGCUCAGUGUUUAGCUUGGGUUGUUAUUACCUUCUUAGCUCUCCAUUUGAAGUACAAGCCGUCGGAGAAGCUACCUCUCUUGCUGAGGGUAUGGUGGUUUGUAGCGUUCAGUGUUUGUCUAUGUACUUUGUAUGUGGACGGGAGAAGGCUAGCGGUUGAAGGCUGGAGAGGUGGAUGCUCUUCUCACGUUGUGGCGAAUUUAGCCGUUACGCCUGCUCUUGGUUUUCUCUGCUUCGCCGCGCUGAGAGGUGUUUCCGGUAUCGAAAUUCGUCUAACCUCUUCUGAUCUUCAAGAGCCUCUGCUUGUGGAAGAAGAAGCCGCUUGUCUUAAAGUGACUCCGUAUAGUACAGCUGGACUUGUUAGCCUAGUGACAUUGUCUUGGUUGGAUCCCCUUCUCUCCGCGGGGUCGAAAAGACCGCUUGAGCUUAAAGAUAUACCUCUUCUCGCGCCGAGGGAUAGAGCCAAGUCGAGCUACAAGGUUCUGAAGUCGAACUGGAAGAGGUCCAAGUCGGAGAAUAAUCCUUCUUUAGCACGCGCCAUUCUCAAGUCCUUCUGGAAAGAAGCAGCUUGCAAUGCAGUCUUUGCUGGCUUGAACACUCUCUUAUCCUACGUGGGACCUUACAUGAUCAGCUACUUCGUUGACUAUCUCGGAGGGAAGGAGAUCUUCCCUCACGAAGGAUACGUCCUCGCGGGGAUCUUCUUCGCCUCCAAGCUCGCGGAGACCGUCACCACGCGUCAGUGGUACAUGGGGGUUGAUAUCUUGGGGAUGCACGUUAGAUCAGCUCUAACGGCUAUGGUGUAUAGAAAAGGUCUCAAGCUCUCGAGCAUAGCCAAGCAGAAUCACACGAGCGGAGAGAUUGUGAACUACAUGGCGGUUGAUGUCCAGCGGAUAGGAGACUACUCGUGGUAUCUUCACGAUAUCUGGAUGCUUCCGAUGCAGAUAGUCCUCGCUCUCGCGAUCUUGUACAAAAGCGUGGGGAUAGCGUCUGUAGCUACGUUGGUGGCGACGAUAAUCUCAAUCCUUGUCACCAUUCCGUUGGCUAAGGUUCAGGAAGAGUAUCAAGACAAGCUGAUGGCUGCGAAAGACGAAAGAAUGAGGAAGACUUCGGAGUGUCUUAGGAACAUGAGGGUUCUGAAGCUGCAGGCGUGGGAGGAUCGGUAUAGAGUGAGAUUAGAAGAGAUGAGGGAAGAGGAGUACGGAUGGCUUCGGAGAGCGUUGUACUCACAGGCUUUUGUUACCUUCAUCUUCUGGAGCUCACCGAUCUUUGUAUCAGCCGUUACAUUCGCUACUUCGAUCUUCCUAGGCACUCAGCUGACAGCUGGAGGUGUUCUCUCCGCUCUGGCGACGUUCAGGAUCCUCCAGGAGCCGCUUAGGAACUUUCCUGAUCUGGUUUCGAUGAUGGCUCAGACUAAAGUUUCUCUUGAUAGGAUCUCCGGGUUCUUGCAGGAGGAAGAGCUUCAAGAAGACGCAACUGUUGUUAUCCCACGUGGGAGUUCGAAUGUAGCCAUAGAGAUUAGAGACGGUGUGUUCUGUUGGGAUCCGUUUUCUUCGAGGCCGACGUUAUCUGGGAUUCAGAUGAGAGUGGAGAAAGGUAUGCGCGUGGCUGUCUGCGGCACAGUUGGCUCUGGAAAAUCAAGCUUCAUCUCUUGCAUCCUCGGAGAAAUACCGAAAAUCUCUGGUGAAGUUAGAAUAUGUGGUACUACUGGGUAUGUGUCACAGUCGGCUUGGAUUCAGUCUGGUAACAUUGAAGAAAACAUUCUAUUUGGCAGUCCAAUGGAGAAAGCAAAGUACAAGAACGUGAUACAAGCGUGUUCCCUAAAGAAAGAUUUAGAGCUUUUCUCACAUGGUGACCAGACCAUUAUAGGAGAGAGAGGCAUAAACCUCAGCGGUGGCCAGAAGCAACGUGUACAGCUUGCGAGGGCGUUGUAUCAAGAUGCUGACAUUUAUUUACUAGACGAUCCUUUUAGUGCUCUUGAUGCACACACUAGCUCUGAUUUGUUUAGGGAUUAUAUUCUAUCUGCGUUAGCUGAGAAGACUGUUGUUUUUGUGACGCAUCAAGUUGAGUUUCUUCCUGCAGCUGAUCUAAUAUUGGUUAUGAAGGAAGGGCGGGUUAUUCAAUCGGGUAAAUACGAUGAUCUGCUACAAGCUGGUACUGACUUCAAGGCCUUAGUGUCUGCCCACCAUGAAGCAAUCGAGGCAAUGGACAUCCCAAGUCCAUCCUCAGAAGACUCUGACGAAAACCCAAUCCUGGAUAGUUUGGUCAUGCAUCAUAACUCAAAGUCAGAUAUUUAUGAAAACGACAUCGAGACUUUGGCCAAGGAAGUUCAAGACGGCGGAUCCGCUUCGGAUCAAAAGGCAAUCAAAGAGAAGAAGAAGAAAGCAAAGCGUUCCCGCAAAAAGCAGCUUGUUCAAGAAGAAGAGAGAGUGAAGGGAAAAAUCAGCAUGAAGGUGUACUUGUCAUACAUGGGAGCAGCGUACAAAGGGCUUCUGAUUCCUCUGAUUAUACUGGCGCAAGCUUCUUUUCAGUUUCUCCAGAUUGCUAGUAACUGGUGGAUGGCUUGGGCGAAUCCUCAAACUGAAGGCGACCAGUCUAAAGUAGAUCCUACGGUUCUUCUCGUUGUUUAUACUGCCUUAGCUUUUGGAAGCGCCGUGUUUAUAUUUGUGCGAGCUGCUCUGGUUGCAACUUUUGGUCUAGCUGCUGCUCAGAAGCUCUUCUUGAAUAUGCUUAGAAGUGUGUUCCGUGCGCCAAUGUCAUUCUUUGAUUCCACUCCUGCAGGCAGAAUCUUGAAUCGAGUUUCGAUUGAUCAAAGCGUUGUGGACCUUGACAUUCCAUUUAGACUCGGCGGGUUUGCUUCAACAACGAUACAACUAUUUGGAAUAGUCGGUGUAAUGACCAACGUCACCUGGCAAGUCUUCCUUCUUGUUGUUCCAGUAGCGGUUGCUUGCUUCUGGAUGCAGAAAUAUUACAUGGCUUCUUCGAGAGAGCUGGUCCGCAUUGUUAGUAUCCAGAAGUCUCCAAUAAUUCAUCUCUUUGGGGAAUCAAUAGCUGGUGCAGCCACGAUAAGAGGAUUUGGCCAGGAGAAAAGAUUCAUCAAGAGGAAUCUUUACCUUCUCGAUUGCUUUGCUCGACCUUUCUUCUGCAGCAUCGUUGCAAUAGAGUGGCUUUGUUUGCGCAUGGAGUUGCUUUCCACGCUUGUGUUUGCUUUCUGUAUGGUUUUGCUCGUCAGUUUCCCACAUGGAACCAUUGAUCCUAGUAUGGCAGGGCUUGCUGUGACAUACGGGCUCAACUUGAACGGACGUCUAUCACGGUGGAUACUUAGCUUCUGUAAGCUUGAAAACAAAAUCAUCUCUAUCGAAAGAAUCUAUCAGUACAGUCAGAUUUUAAGUGAAGCGCCAGCAGUUAUAGAAGAUUCCCAACCGCCUUCCACGUGGCCUGAGAGAGGAACAAUCGAGCUUCUUGACGUUAAGGUUCGUUAUGCUGAGAAUCUUCCAACGGUGCUCCACGGGAUAAGCUGUGUGUUCCCUGGAGGAAAAAAGAUUGGUAUAGUUGGAAGAACGGGAAGCGGAAAGUCUACUUUGAUUCAAGCUUUGUUUCGGUUGAUUGAGCCAACCGCUGGAAGAAUAACUAUAGACAACAUUGAUAUCUCUCAGAUUGGUCUUCAUGAUCUCCGUAGCCGCCUCGGUAUCAUACCUCAGGAUCCUACAUUGUUUGAAGGAACAAUCCGAGCUAAUCUUGACCCUCUUGAAGAACAUUCAGAUGAUAAAAUCUGGGAGGCUCUUGAUAAGUCCCAGCUUGGUGACGUUGUUAGAGGAAAAGAUCUAAAACUCGACUCUCCAGUGCUGGAAAAUGGAGAUAACUGGAGUGUUGGACAGAGACAGCUUGUGUCACUUGGGAGAGCAUUACUUAAACAAGCAAAAAUACUUGUUCUUGAUGAAGCAACAGCAUCAGUAGACACAGCAACAGACAAUUUAAUCCAGAAGAUUAUCAGAACUGAGUUUGAAGACUGCACCGUCUGCACCAUUGCUCACCGGAUCCCAACUGUAAUCGACAGUGACCUUGUUUUGGUUCUCAGCGAUGGUAGAGUAGCAGAGUUUGAUACUCCUGCGCGGCUCUUAGAAGACAAAUCAUCCAUGUUCUUGAAACUGGUGAGCGAAUACUCCUCAAGAUCUAGUGGGAUGCCUGACUUGUGAUCAUUGAUGUUAAAAAUUUGAGGUUAGGGGUUAAAACUGAAAAAUGUGACAAAGCUUACAGUCUCUUAAGUAAGAGAGACUUCCCACUGGGUACAAAAAAAAAGAAUGACAUGAUGCAGUCUUUGCGCUCAUAUACUUUUAAAGCUGUUCUUAUGAACAUUGAAAGAGACCUUUUUGUAAGGAACACAGCUUCUGUGGUGAUCUUUUAAAAUGUUAUCGGUAAUCUGCAAAAAUA